UUUCCGGUAGCUUGUUCAUUGUAGCGUGUGCCAGAUCGAGACUUGCAAAAGUACUAGAAAAUGAGCGUCCCUGCUUUCAUAGAUAUAACAGAGGAGGAUCAGGCUUCAGAGCUCAGAGCCUACAUCAAAGCUAAAGGAGCAGAGAUUUCAGAAGAAAAUUCAGAAGGUGGGCUGCAUGUGGAUUUGACGCAAAUAAUCGAGGCCUGUGACGUCUGUCUGAAGGAUGAUGAUAAAGAUGUGGAGAGUGUCAUGAACAGCAUUGUGUCGCUGCUGCUGAUCUUGGAGACGGAGAAGCAGGAGGUCCUGAUCGACAGCCUGUGCGAGAAGCUGGUCAAGUUCAGGGAGGGAGAGAGGCCCAGCCUGAGGAUGCAGCUGCUGAGCAACCUAUUUCAUGGCAUGGAUGAGAACAUUCCUGUGAGGUACACGGUGUACUGCAGCCUCAUCAAGGUGGCAGCCACCUGCAAUGCCAUUGCGCAUAUUCCAACUGACCUCGACCAGGUCAGAAAGUGGAUAGUUGAUUGGAAUCUCAACACAGAGAAGAAGCACACACUCCUGAGACUGGUCUAUGAGGCACUAGUAGACUGCAAAAAAAGCGAAGCAGCGGCUAAAGUGAUGGUGGAGCUGCUGGGGAGCUACACCGAGGACAAUGCCUCACAGGCACGGGUGGACGCCCACAGGUGCAUAGUCCGUGCAUUGAAGGAUCCAAACACUUUCCUUUUCGACCAUCUCCUGGCCCUGAAACCAGUGCGCUUCUUGGAAGGGGAACUCAUUCAUGAUCUGUUAACCAUCUUUGUAAGCGCGAAGCUAGCAGCAUAUGUGAAGUUCUACCAAAAUAACAAAGACUUCAUUGACUCACUCGGCCUGUCGCACGAACACAACAUGGCUAAGAUGCGUCUCCUCACCUUCAUGGGUAUGGCUACUGAGUAUAAGGAGAUCUCUUUUGACACCCUGCAGCAGGAGCUGCAGAUUGGAGCUGACGACGUGGAGCCUUUUGUCAUCGAUGCGGUGCGGACCAAGAUGGUAUAUUGCAAAAUUGACCAGACACAGCACAAAGUUGUUGUGAGUCAUAGCACCCACAGGACCUUUGGGAAACAGCAGUGGCAGCAGCUGUACGACACCCUUAGCUCCUGGAGGCAGAACUUGGCUGCUGUCAAGACCAGCCUCCAGACCCUCUCCACCUCCACAUAGAGCCACCUCCUUCUUUGUGCCCAUCACACUUUUAUAUUAACCCAAUAAAAUGAACUGAAGUCUC